GCUACUCCUCCUAUGCCAUUCAUUCACGUAGGUAGGUGACCCGACCGACCAGGGACCAGGAUCCAUGUGGUCGCGCGAGUGAGAUCGAAUCAACCUCACCUCUCACUUGCAAUCAGAAUUCGAUCGGAUGUGAGGUUUGUACAGCACGGUGCACGGGCCCUGCCGUCCUGGCCGGGACCCGAGCCGCACCAUACUCACCAUGCCACCUAUUUAUAUCCACGUUCCUCUCACCCUUCUUCUACUAGCAGCAGCUCUCACAUCGCAUUCUGAAUCUCUGACAACAACUUGCUUCCCCUGCUGAUCCAGUGGUACGAUGGUGGAGGAGGAGGAGGCUUCGGCGGAGCUGAUCAGCCCCAGGAUCUCCUUCUCGCACGACCUCGCCACCUUCGCGGCGGCCGCUGCGUGUCCGGCGACGACGCAGCCCGAGCCAAGGCGGUCGGACGCGUCCCUCAUGCCGCGGCGGAGGCGGCGGCGCGCGCCGGAGCCGGAGUUCGACUUCGCCAACGCGGCGGCCGCCGACGUCUCGCCGGCCGACCGCCUCUUCGCCGACGGCAAGCUGCUCCCCGUGCCGCCGCUGCCGCCCACCGCCCCGCACGCGCGCUGCGCCAAGGCGACGAGGCCGGCGCCGCGGUCGUGGGCGUCCCCGUUCGCGCGCAGCAGCAGCGUCAACUCCGCCAGGGCGGCGGCGUCCGGGAGGUUCACCUGCCCCGCGUUCCCGCUCAUGCGGAGCCGCUCGACCGGCUCUGCGGCGGCCGCGGCCACGGUCGGCGCCCACCAGCGGCCGCAUUGCAAGAAAGUCGCUCCGACGACGACGACGACGGCCGCGUCGGGUGGUGUUCACAACGGCAACAGCGGUGGCGGUGCGAGAUCGGUUUACUACUAUGGAUACGGCGGUGGCAGGAACGUCAGCGACGUCCAUGGUGGCGGCGGGGUCCGGGUGAGCCCGGUGCUGAACGUGACGUCCAUCGGCACCAGCAUGGUGAACAUGCUGAGCCACCUGCUGUGCGACUGCGGCGAGAAGGCCAGCAAGCAGCAGAGCAGGGGCUUCGGGGUGCGCUGCUGGGUAACCAGAUAGUACCAGCCGUAGUACACAAGCUAAGCGCACUCGUUAAUUACUGAUUGAUUGUCCACUUGUCGCCAUGGUUGCUUGUAAGUAAGUAAGAUCGAAAGUCCAUGUGAAUCGAGACCGAUUGAUCGAUUCA